AUGCGCAACGCCGCACAAUUUCCAGAGCAUGCGCAGUGUGGGUGUUGACGAUGCUAGGCUGCUUGUUUGUUCCUCUCUGCAUCCGAAAAUUGGAAGGGGAGGAUUUGCUGACAGAAAACUCAGAUCAAAGACACAUCAAGAUCUGACAGGGUCACUUGAUUCAUCAGGCCUUUGAAUGUGGAUGGAGAAAUGUUUGUCUGUUCUGUCUGUGUGACAUCAGUGUGACUGGAAAAGCACGAGACACAGACACACACCUGAGUGAGAGUGUUCCAGUCCACUGACUGUGGAAAGAGCUUUAACCAGUUACACAACCUGAAAAAAAAACAAAUCACACUAUUCACUGCAGGGAGAAACUGCACACGUGUUCUGUGUGGACGAGGUGAAUCCUGAUCAUUCACACUGAAGAGAGGCUGUUCAGCUGUACUUCCUGUUGAAUACUGAUCAUCAAAUCUGGAGAGGCACAGAGACACUUGCACCAUGCAGAAACCGUGGAAAUGUGAGGACUGUGGGAAAGGAUUCAGUUACCCAUCCCAGCUGGAAAAACAUCAGCGCAUUCACACUGGGGAGAGACCGUUCACCUGCUCCAAGUGUGGGAAGGCGUUCACUCAGUCAGCCUACUUGCUGACACACCAACGAUUUCACACUGGGGAGAUAUUGUUCACCUGCUCUGAAUGUGGGAAGGGAUUCACUCAGUCAUCUGACCUGCUGACACACCAGCGGAUUCACACUGGAGAGCGGUUGUUCACAUGCUCCGAGUGUGGGAAGGGAUUCACUCUGUCAUUCCACCUGCGAACGCACCAGCGGAUUCACACCGGGGAGAGGCCAUUCACCUGUUCUGAGUGUGGGAAGGGAUUCACUCAGUCAUCCCACCUGCGAACACACCAGCGAGUUCACACUGGGGAGAGGCCAUUCACCUGCCCUGUAUGUGGGAAAGGGUUCACUAGAUCCUCUGACUUGCUGAAGCACCAGCAAAUUCACACUGAAGAGAGGCCGUUCAGCUGUACUUCCUGUGGAAAGAGAUUCAGGUCUUCAUCCCAACUCACUGUACACCAGCGAGUUCACACUGGGGAGAGGCCGUUCACCUGCUCCGAGUGUGGGAAGGGAUUCACUCAGUCAUCCCACCUGCUGAAACACAAGCGAGUUCACAAGUGGCAGCAGGAGUUGGAUUCUGCUGUCAUUGCUGCUGUUAAUCACAUCCAGGACUGAAUCAUGUUCAUUCUGACAGUUGGGGUUUGUUUCUGCUGAUGUUAAUAAUCCCUGUUACUGGGCUAGAGUUUAAUAUUCUGGAUCUGUAGCUGAUUCUGUUCUUGGGCCUACAGUGUCCCUUGAAUCGCCGUCUCUAAUUUUUCAGGAGCUGUCAUCAGAAAUUAGUUUCCAACAAGAUUCUGAACUUUUACUUCAAUCCAGAAUUGAACUUUGGUACGAAUUCUACAAUUCAGUGUCUGAGAUGUUCCACUGAUCAACAUCUCCAAUUAGAAAGUGCUGAUUAAUCUUGCUGACAAUUCUUACUGACGUGCAUUUCUCACAGUGACACCUCCAUUAUCCAGCAGAAAGAAGGGGAAUGGGAAUUGGUGGAGAAUUGAGAGUUCCCAAAUGUUUCCCCUCACACCCAGUACAGAAAUCCUCUCAGCACGAGAAUGGAGACAAGUUCAAUCCAUGGACUGUAAGAAGUCAUGUCCAAUAGCCUUAUAAAAUGUUGAGAGAUUUAUUGUAUAUCACCAAAACAUUUCACUCUCUCUCUCUUAUGAAGAAAGCCUCUAUAGCAGCUUGCUGGCUGACAAGCACAGGACAGGCCUGUUAUCUCUGCCAAGGACAUGUCUCUAGCACAGGCCCUGAAGCAAGACAUUUCUAACCCUGAUACGAUUGGAUCUCAUGACCCAUACAUAAACGUACUGUCUCUGUAAAGGUUAAAACAGGCAGUGAAUUCCAGACUCCUACCACCUGCUGAGUGAAAAAAAUUUUCCUCAACUCUGCUCUUAGCCUCCCACCUCUUAGCUUAAAGCUAUGCCCCCUGGUUAUUGACCCCUCUACUAAUGGAAAAAGCUCCUUUAUUUCCACCCUACCCAUGUCCCUCAUAAUCUUAUACACCUCUAUCAGGUCCCCUCUCAACCUUCGCUGCUCCAAGGAAAACAACCCCAGCCUAUCCAAUCUUUCCUCAUAACUCAGACCGUCCAGCCCA